AUGGGUCCUUCGCCCGCUGAAGCACAUGAACUGAGAGGGGAAUUCCUGCAGGCAGCUGCUGAUCUGCUUGAAAAUGUGCUCUCAAAGCCACCCACUCCAAACACUAUGGAAUUAUGGAAAGAGCAUCAACAUAUCAGGAAUGUACUUCAGGAAAUCUCUGCCAAACAAGCGCAGCUUAGUAACACUGACUCUCGCAUCUCUAGAACAAGAACACCCGAUGAUCUCAUCGCUUUUCUAGCUUGGGCUGAUCAAGUGGGCAUCAAAAGAUAUGGGGUUACAGUGGCGGAAUGCAAGGAAGUGGGCGGAUUAGGAUUGCUGGCCGAAAAAGCUAUUUCUGAAAAGGCACGAUGUGUCACUGUGCCUCGUCACGCCAUGAUUUCAACGGAUCUUGCGAAAAAGUCUUCUAUUCUGAAGAAAUUGUUCGAGCGUGAUAUUAUCGUUCAAAAUAUGGCAAAUGUUGGAUUGGCGUUGUUUAUUUGUGCACAGCGUGUUAGAUCCGAUUCGAAAUGGACAGCUUACUUAAAUGUGUUGCCCAGUUCGUACACUACACCAUUGUUCUAUACCGAAGAAGAGUUGAAGUACUUAAAACCUUCGCCUGUAUUCGAUGAAGCUCUUCUCUUCUACCGUACGGUUGCACGGCAGUUUGCCUAUUUUCUACUGAUGAUUGGUCGAAACGAUCUGUAUGAUAAGGCUAGUCGUAGAGAAAAAGCAGGCACUCAACCUCCACCUCUUUAUUAUUCGCCGUUUACGGUAGACAACUUCACAUUUUCUUUGUAUCGAUGGUCUGUUGGGACGGUUACAACGAGAAUUAAUCUCAUACCCGGUGAGAUGGGUAGAGCUAAGGAUGGCACUAUGCAAAUGGUCCCGGCACUUAUCCCUGUGCUUGACAUGGCCAACCACGAAUUAAUAUUAGGUAGCGAAGAUCUCGGUGAAGCUGUAUCAUAUUCCACUGAGGAUGAUUGCGCUGAGAUAUUGGCCACAAAGAACGUUGCAUCUGGUGAAUGGGUGAGCAUGUUCUACGGUCGUCGUACGUCCGCGGAACAUCUUCUACACAAUGGUUUUGUACCUAUUGGAGAAAAUCCAUUCGAUUCCUACAAAUUGAAAAUAAGUCUCGGACGAUCGGACAAAAACUUCAAAGAGAAGCAGAAACUGUUUGGUGAAAUGGGAUUCAGCGAGAAGUCUAAUGUCUACAUGUAUGACAUUGGUUGUGGUUCAAAUCCAUUCCACCCAUCCAUGGAACAUUUCGCUAGAAUAUACGUGUCAGAUAGACCCGAGGCAAUAUCUGAACCAGCUACCCUGGGAAAGGCUGUUAAUUUUCUGAAAAAUCGCUUUGCAAUACUAGAAAGGUCCUAUGGGACUAUUCCUGAAGGAAAAACACUUAACGAGAAAAACAUAGAGCGAUUGAAAAGGGCUGAGGUGGCGAUAUUGAAAAAUGCACGGAUCCACUGUGAAGAGUGGGAGAAGGACCUAUUUGAAGUCGUGGAUGAAGAAAAUUAG